GCUCUUCCCUGCUCCCCAGGCUCUUCCCUGCCACCCUCCUCUCCCCUCUUUCACCCACCGGGAUGCAGCGAGGCGUGGAGCUGGGAUGUGGAACGGAGGUUUCCUCAGCGGGAGGAAGGCUGAAGACGAGCAGCGGAUCCCAUACUUCCCAAUUUCCAUUAUGAAUCAGAAACUUUUCAUGGUGGCACCUGGAAUUGCCAGAGCUUGUUUUAUUAUCACCCGUUCACUAACACCAUCAUUUUGCCACACUGAAAGACAAAGAAGGACCUAAUGUCAGGCAGUCAUUUAGAUGGAAUAAAUUUAGCUUUACAAAAUGUACCACCUUGUCCUUGUUUUUUUCAUUUUGCCACAGACUGGUGAGCACCUCCUCCGGGGCUGGCAUUUGAGAACCACGAACUGGAUGGCCCCUAAGGCCCUGCCCGACUCUAAAACGCUACAGUUUGCAAAUACCACAGUCACGCUGCAUUAAAGAUGCAUUUUCAAAUGUUAAUAAUUAAUGGUGUGUGUGGCUGCUGCGGCGCCCUGCGCCCCAGGUACAAAAGGCUGGUUGACAACAUCUUCCCUGAGGACCCAGAGGAUGGCCUGGUGAAGACCAACAUGGAGAAGCUGACCUUCUAUGCCCUCUCAGCUCCAGAAAAGCUUGAUCGUAUAGGCGCCUACCUCUCUGAGAGGCUCAUCCGUGAUGUGGGUCGUCAUCGAUAUGGGUACGUGUGCAUUGCCAUGGAGGCGCUGGACCAGCUGCUCAUGGCCUGCCACUGCCAGAGCAUCAACCUCUUUGUGGAGAGUUUCCUCAAGAUGGUGGCCAAGCUGCUGGAGUCAGAGAAGCCGAACCUGCAGAUCCUUGGCACCAACUCGUUCGUGAAGUUUGCCAACAUCGAGGAGGACACUCCAUCUUAUCAUCGGAGCUAUGAUUUCUUUGUGUCCCGGUUCAGUGAAAUGUGCCACUCCAGCCACGACGACUUGGAAAUCAAGACCAAGAUCCGAAUGUCGGGCAUUAAAGGCCUGCAAGGGGUGGUGAGGAAGACGGUGAAUGAUGAGUUGCAGGCCAACAUCUGGGACCCACAGCACAUGGACAAGAUCGUCCCCUCGCUGCUUUUCAACCUGCAGCAUGUGGAGGAGGCAGAGAGCCGGUCCCCCUCACCCCUGCAAGCCCCAGAGAAGGAAAAGGAAAACCCUGCCGAGCUGGCUGAGAGGUGCCUUCGAGAACUGCUGGGCCGGGCUGCCUUUGGCAACAUCAAAAACGCCAUCAAGCCUGUUCUCAUCCAUCUGGAUAACCAUUCUCUCUGGGAACCCAAGGUGUUCGCCAUCCGUUGCUUUAAAAUCAUCAUGUACUCAAUUCAGCCGCAGCACUCCCACCUGGUUAUCCAGCAGCUCCUGAGCCAUCUGGAUGCGAACAGCCGCAGUGCAGCCACUGUGCGGGCGGGCAUCGUGGAGGUCCUGUCUGAAGCUGCCAUCAUCGCUGCCACCGGCUCUGUUGGGCCCACAGUGCUGGAGAUGUUCAACACUCUGCUGAGGCAGCUGCGGCUCAGCAUCGACUACGCGCUGACUGGGAGCUACGAUGGGGCCAUCAGCCUCGGCGCCAAGACCAUCAAGGAGCACGAGGAGCGCAUGUUCCAGGAGGCCGUUAUCAAGACCAUAGGCUCCUUUGCCACCACGCUGCCCACGUACCAGCGCUCAGAGGUGAUCCUCUUCAUCAUGAGCAAGGUCCCGCUGCCUUCUCUGCACCACCCCAUGGAGACAGGGAGAACGGGGGAGAACAGGAACCGGCUGACCCAGAUCAUGCUGCUGAAAUCCCUCCUUCAGGUAUCUACAGGCUUCCAGUGUAGCAACAUGAUGUCUGCCCUGCCCAGCAACUUCCUGGACCGCCUUCUCUCCACUGCCCUCAUGGAGGAUGCAGAAAUCCGUCUCUUCGUUCUGGAGAUUCUCAUCAGUUUCAUUGAUCGUCAUGGCAACCGCCACAAGUUCUCUACCAUCAGUACCCUCAGCGACAUCUCUGUCCUGAAGCUGAAGGUGGACAAGUGCUCCCGACAGGACACGGUCUUCAUGAAGAAGCACUCCCAGCAGCUCUACAGACACAUCUACCUGAGCUGUAAGGAAGAGACAAACAUGCAGAAGCACUACAAGGCCCUCUAUGGCUUGCUGGCACUCAUCAGCAUCGAGCUGGCCAACGAGGAGGUAGUGGUGGACCUCAUCCGCCUGGUGCUGGCUGUUCAGGAUGUGGCCCAGGUCAAUGAAGAGAACUUGCCGGUGUACAACCGCUGCGCCCUUUACGCUCUGGGUGCAGCGUACCUGAACCUCAUCAGCCAGCUCACAACGGUGCCUGCCUUCUGCCAGCACAUCCACGAGGUAAUAGAGGCACGGAAGAAGGAGGCCCCGUACAUGCUUCCUGAGGAUGUAUUUGUGGAGAGGCCCAGGCUGUCUCAAAACCUUGAUGGAGUGGUGACCGAGUUCCUCUUCCGCCAGAGCAAGAUCAGCGAAGUCCUGGGGGGUAGUGGAUACAAUUCAGACAGGCUCUGCAUGCCCUACAUCCCUCAGCUGACAGAUGAAGAUCGUUUAUCCAAGAGAAAGAGCAUUGGAGAAACCAUUUCCCUGCAGGUGGAGGUGGAAUCAAGGAACAGCCCAGAAAAAGAGGAACGAGUGCCUGCUGAGGAGAUCACCUAUGAGACUCUCAAGAAAGCCAUUGUGGACAGCGUGGCGGUUGAGGAGCAGGAACGAGAACGGCGUCGACAAGUGGUGGAGAAGUUCCAGAAGGCCCCCUUUGAGGAGAUUGCAGCACACUGUGGGGCCCGGGCAUCACUGCUGCAGAGCAAGCUCAAUCAGAUCUUUGAAAUUACCAUCCGGCCCCCACCAAGCCCAUCAGGGACCAUCACCGCAGCCUACGGUCAGCCUCAGAGCCACUCCAUCCCUGUCUACGAGAUGAAGUUUCCGGAUCUGUGUGUCUACUGAACUCCAAGAGGCUGUGGUCCUGAGAGGGAUGGGGCUGAGGAAGGGGCAUACCCUCACCCCCACCCCCAUGACAUGAAAAUCUAACUGGGAUCUCAGAGAAGAAUGGUGCCUGGGAUGGCAGCACCUUCCCAGCUAAGCCAAGGUGAAGCCUCCAGGCCUUCUCUGGUUCCCUGUCAGUCCUCCUGCUUCUUCCUCAUCUUCCCUGAGGCAGAUCCAGCUGCCUACCCCUCAAUAAGCAUCUCGCCUGUGCCCUUUGUCUCUUCUCUGGUGUCAGCUAGAGGCAGAGAAUCCUGGGGGUGUCUCCACAGAGAGGCUGAGGGACCUAAAGAAGCCCCCAUUUAGUGUAGUAAGAAGAGCUUUCACUGGGAGUGGGACUACAGGGACACAUCUGUCAUCUCCAGAGAAGGGGCUGAGGAGAGGGGCUCGGGAACUAGGAGGGGACAUAGGUCGUCAAAGGAGCCAGGGAGUACAAUCUGGAGGAACUUAGGAAAGCUCCUCUCGUAAUGAGGUGACAGUGUCGAGAGCUGGAAGAUGGAAUUGUUAUUCCCAUUCUGAGCACACCCCUCCCUCAGUCCCCAUUUGAGGGCCUAGAGGCCCCUAGUCACAGGUGUUUCUUCCACUCUCUUGCUCACCAUGCUAGUUGUCUGUUCAUAUUCCUUCCUGUUAUCAAACAACAUUGAGCCCUCAUAGUAGGAGUAAGGGUUAGAGACACCAUGGGGGUAGAAAGGGUGAAACGAAGGGUGGGUGGGUCUGGGGAUAGAGGGCUGCUUCUCCCAGGCUGGGCAGCUGAGCCAGGGAGCAUCUGUGUGGGCCUUGCUCCUGUAGAAGAGCAGCAGGUGAAAGUGGGGCAGUCUUGUCCCUCUGUAGCAUCUUCUCAUCUCCUUUGUUCAUAGGGAGCUUAUUAGGGCCCUCCCACGGUUCUUUCCCUUCUGGAUGUUUCUCUUAGUUGGGUUCUCCCUCUUUGAUGUCUUUCUUCCUGAUGAUCCCAAGGUAUUUCUAGAGCCUCUGGGUUGAGGGAGGGCAGAUCAAGAUAAUCUUGUUCUAAAUGACUCAAGAAAGAGGAGGAACUGCAGGGGCCCCCUGAGGCCUGCCCACCUCCCCACCUAUGGAAGAAGCUCCCAACCUUGCCUGGGUGGGGGACAGGGGUAGUGGAGGGUCAGUUGGGGUAAGUGACACUUUGGGUCUCAAGAAUGUCAAAAGUCAACCUUUUGGAUAUGCCAUUUGAGGAAAGAAGGAUCUAGCAACUAAUGUUGGAAUGGUUCCUUCACUCUUUGAAUGAAGUCUGGGACAUCUGUGCCAAUCAACGGAGCUCGUGACCUGGGGAGAGGCAAUGGGAACUGCUUUGGGCUCCUGGGUUUUCCAUUUUCCCUGAGUGUGCCUACCUGUCUCUGUGUGACCAGCACGUGCAGAGGAGGAGCUGAUGCAAAGAACAGCAGAGCCGCGAGGGAGGCCACUUGCUUCUCUCUCUCCCACUUCCCUUUCUGAUCCCGCCUUCCAGGUGCCUUUACCCUCCAGAACCUUCUCUGGUAGAACCUCGCACCUAGGCUACCCUCCCAUGACAGUACCCUGUGGUCCAACAUAGUCUUUUUUUUUCCUUCCAGUCAAACUCCUCACAGUUUCAGAGCUGAUAUAACCCUCAGGUACAGGAAGUUGUGAAUGGUUGAAUGGCCUCUCCCUGCAGAAUGUGCUUUUUAAAAAGAGGGAGGAUGGGGAGACUUCUUGGCCCGGAGCAAUCUGUUUAAGGUACAAGUUUAGGCAGUGUGGCAUGCAGCCAGGAGGGCCAUGUGUGCCAAGGGGAGGGCAGUCCCAGGAAACCCCUCAGGUCCCAUCUCUGCACUGGGCCUUGCUGUGACGCACAGUGAGAGUGGGAUUGUUAGGACAGAUUGGUGUCUUUUUCACCAGGGAGAACCUUAACAUAGGCAUUUCCCUAUUACCUGUGCAAAAAAUUUCCUGGGCAGGGGGCAUAGCUGACUCUCGUUCCCAUAGUUUCCACACUGAAGAUGACACUCUUUCCCCUGGCCGCUGCCAGUGUGUUGCAGCAUGUGGCUCUGAAUGGCCUGCACAAUGAUGAGGCCCAAGGCCAGCGCCCCUGCUGUCCCCACAGCUCUCUGGCUGUGCUUCCAGGGCUUUGGCAUAUGCCCAACCUAACUUUACAAGCAUGAUCUUAGAUUGCUCUUUAAUAUCUCUUUACUAAGAAACCAAGUUUAAAAUAACUUCAAGCCAACUUUAGUCCAAAUAACUUUUGGAACAAAUGUUAAAGAAAAUCUAAAUCCUGAGCUACAAACAUGCCUUUCUUCACUAGUUCCUUCCGUCUUUUAAUCCUAUGCUUGACUUUGAUGAGAGCGAGAUGCUCUGUUUCUUUCUUGUAUCUACUUAACUUUAGUGUCUACCCCAUGACAACUUCACCCUGAAUGCUACCCAUGGGGUCCCUGUUCUGGGACUUGGGAGUCAUUUCCCUGGUGUCUGUUGGUAGAGCCAACAUGAGAACCAGAGAUCUCAGGUCCACUAAGAUGUCUGUCCCUCGCCCCCAUCUUGGGACUGGAAGGCAAAGGCACAGAGUUCCCGUUCUGUAUACUCUCAACCCGCUGUUCCUCUCCAUCAAUCCAAGGCAGCUUUUGCUUUGCAUUACCUCUGCAAACAAAAAGGCAUUUCUUUUGGAGAACUGGCCAUUUUUGAGGGCUGUCUUCUCCACUUCAGUUUGAAAUUACCCUCAGUAGAAUACCAGAGAGCCUGCUGACAUGGAGUAGAAUUUGGAUUCUGCCAAAUAUGCCUCAGCAUCAGAGUUUAAGGUGAGGGUUACCUUGAACAGAAAAUGAAAUGGUAGACAGUCUCCUCCACCCCACCACAAGGCCUAGGAGAGAGUGAAGCCGGGUUUGAUGGGCUCUCUAGAAGGGAGGAACGUGCCCGGACCCUUGGUCUAGCAUCACAGCUUCCUGUCUUCCUAACCCUCUGGCAUCAGGCAGCAGGGUUUCAUGCAACCGGCCCCUUUUUUUGCCACUCUUCUCUGUUGUGAAUUUGAGCCCAAAGGAGUCAGCGGGCUCAUUCAAAUCAGCUACUCCCCAGAGCUGAAGACUCUUGCUCUGCGGGCAAGGGUAAGGUUGUUGAGCAUGUUGCUGGUAAAACUUAAUAGACAUAAAUACAUUCGUUAGCUGGUUGCUCCAUUAGGUUGGGUGAGGCAUGAGUGCGUAAAGGAGCAGACCAGCAGGAGGACCAAUGUGAUCUUACAGGCUCCUUCUCUUCUACUUGCAAGGGGGUCCCCAGUGUCCUGGGCUGGUGGCAUUUCCCUCUCUCUUUUAAAAGCAAGAGUAAGUGGUUUCUUGACUCCUAAACAGCCUCCUUACCAGAAAAGGAGUCUAAGCAGGUCAGAAGAACUAAAAAAGUUCUCAUACCCUCCUCUGUCUAACCCCUCCGCCCCCCGCACAAGUACAAACCUAAGUGGGUCAGCAGUGAAGAGGUGGGACCUGGGACAACUGAAGUGCUUGGAGAAGUGCUAGGGGCUGCGUAUGUGCUGCCCUUGGCCCUGGGUGUUCUGGGUCUCACAGGAUACAUUUCAGCUGGACUCAGAAUUAGAACAGCACUGGGGGUUCUGUAAGUGGCUCAAAGGCCAAUCUCUGGGCUUCACUGGGGACCCUGGGUCUCAACACCUUUCAGUUGCCAUUCCACUGCCCCAGGUUUUCCAUAAUUCCUCUUCAUGACCAGACAAUGGAAGCUGGCCAGCCAGGGGUCUGGGGGAAAGGACUGGAUCUGAGCGGUUUGAGUGAACACUGGGUUUACGGGUGAGCUGGGGAGGCCAUGUUAUCAGGGCAGGCUACACCUGCUUCCUGUGAUCUACAGACUCCCAGGCAGGUAGUGCUGAAACAGCGUAUCUUUCUUACAUCUGGGGAGUGGGGUUAGGGCAGCUUGUUGCCUCUUCAACCCAUUAACCCCGGAAUCUUCUGGUUAAAAUGACUCUUAGCCCCAAAUCAGACCUAAGUGUGAAGACUGCAGAAGGAUGGUCAUGGGGCCCUUUCCUCAAGCCUGGCUAAGAAGCAGUGGUCAGAAGACGGGGCGGCAAGAGGAGCUCUGUGGCCCUGCUGGGGCUGGAGGCAGUUACCUGUUCGGGAGACCUUGGGGCCUUAGCCUGUCACCUUCCCCCUAAGCUCUUCCUCCACGACUGUUGGUUCUGGCUCGUGGAGUUGUGGAGUCUGGGCUUGUGGAGUUGUAAACCCACAAGAGCUGCCGCCCAUCCACUGUUCCAUGUCUUCGCCCAUGUAGGCCACCAUGAACUGGCUGAGUGUGUGCGUGUGCCCAUACGCAUGCGUGUAUGGAUUAUAGUCUGCAGUUGAACACAUAUGUAUAUAAUAGCUGACGUAUUUAUAUGUGAGUGCAGAACUAGUGCCUGUGGCAGUUUUCUGUGUUUUAAACUCAUUGAGUCAAGUUAGUUUUAUUUUAGAAACAGGGAAAGGGGAGUGGGGGGAACGUAGGAAGGACUCUUAGCAAACUCAUUCUUUAGGAUGAUUAGUCGUGAUUUCCCAGUGAGCCUUUAUGAUGCCCUUUUCAAAUAAAUGUUAAUGUUGUCACCACAUGGCUGUCUAGUUCAUUUCUUUAAAUGGUUUUUGGACGUGCAAACAGGAUCUGAAAAUACCAUGUUUACCGCUGACAUUUAGCCACCCUCACCGACCAUUACAUUACCUGCCUCAGAAGGAAGGAGGGAGGAGAAAGGAUGUUACCAAGGUGGGAAUAUGGUGCCCAGAAUUCCCAGCAUGGGAGCAUCCUCAGAUAGGAAGGCCUGGGCCCAUUCCUUCGUUCUAGCAACCAGAAUCUAGCCCAUUCAAUAUAACCCACAUUGGGGAGAGAUGUUUUCUUAAGGAUUCUGACUCCCCUCACAUCAGGACUUCCCAGGGUGCAUUCCCUAUGGGCUUAUUUAAUUGGGAACUUCCAGAGCAUCAAAACAUCAAAGCAUGAGGAGAUAGGUUAGGUAGAUAGAAAGACAGACAGGUAGGUAGAGCUGCUGUCGAGUCAACCCUGACUUAUGGAGACCUUAUGCACAACAGAACAAAACGUUGCCUGGUCCUGCAUCUUCCUCACUAUCACUGGCAUGUUCAAGUCCAUUGUUGCAGUUAUUGUGCCAAUCCAUCUCCCUUACCCUCACUGGCCCUCUACUUCACCAAACAUUUUGUCCUCCUCCAGGAGAUAUAAAAGAAAUAUACCACUUGACUUCUGCCUUUGUGGAGCUUAUAGUUUCCCCAAGAGGAAAGGACAAACAUACAUGCAGGAAGACUUGCCAUUCCAGGGAGGACAGCAGGCCCUUCGGUGCACAGGGGGCUGAUGCAGAAACACGAAAUGAUUAGGUUUGGCUGGAAGAAAUCAUGACUUUCCCAGCAUAGGGGGACUUGAGCCUGGGCUCCUGUUGAAGAAAAGAUAAUAUUCAAAAAGAAAUGGCAGCAGAGGUGGGAGCAUUCCAGGCAAAGGGUGGAGGAGGGUAAGAGAAGGCCAGUGAGGAGACUAGGCGUGAGGCAGAGAGCUUUCAUCCAGGGAAAUAUGAGAAGGGGGGUUAGGUAAGGAGAGUGAGCCCUGUUGACAAGGGCCCUGCAUGCUAACCCAAUAGUUUGGAAUUGUUGGAAAAUAGGCUCUUGAGCCAGGGAGUAUUGUGGAGAAAGCAAGGUUUCAUAUGCGUUAAUAUAAAGAAUUUGUGUAUGAUGGGUUGGGGAGGAGAGUGCCUGGGGACAAGAAGAUCAGAUAGUUAGGAAGCUGCUGUGAUAGUCGUGGCCUGGUCAGGGAGCACAAAGAAUGAAGAGAAGGGCUGGAGCUGGGAAGCCUGCAAAGGAGGAGCUCCGGCACAGCAAGGGGGAAAAGAGAGCCUGGGGACCUGGAGACUGGAGACUCAGGCCUGAGCGACGGGAAGGAGCAUCGUGUGUCCACACCUGUGUAUACCGUGCUGUAUUUACACAGAUGUUUGCCUCCACGGGUGUGUGCGUCUGUGGGGGUGAGACAUGUAUUUGAAGAAGAGAAUAUCUGUGAGUAGCCUGGAAGUGCAGCCAAAUUCAAACUGAUACCAACCCUCAGCUCUCACCCUUAACUUUUCAGUAACAAAAAGAUGAUCACAUCCAUUUUCUCGUUUAAUCCUCACAAUAGCCCUCACACUACGAGGGGACAGGGCAGAUGAGAGAACUCAAUCUGGAAGAAGUUUAGA